AUGUCCAAAAGCGAUCCACGUGGUGCUAGUGACGCCAAGCAAGUGUUCUCCGCGCUGAAUGCCCAACUGAUGGCCGAGCUACCAAAAUUAUCCGCCUUGGCGGAAUCACUAUUCCUCUCAAGCGUAGCCUCGUUAACUUAUCUCGUCGGACAGCUUCUUGCUAAGCUGAAUUCCCAGCACCCGCGUCCGUCCUCUGAAAAUAAUCAUGCUGCCCGUGCAAAGUUUAAGAAGAGUAACGACGAUCUCUGGCUUGCCAUUCAAAAGCUCGAUCUUAUAUCCACCAAUUUCAAUCGCCCAAAACCAGAGCCUGUUCUUACAUCGAGCACUCAAACUCCUCAUGAUAGAAGUAUUAUUGCAAAUCAAAGAGGUUAUGUCUUCCAAGCCAAAGAUAGAUGGAUAUCUGGCGAUAGAAGGGAUCUGAAAGUUUCUAAAGGAGACCUGCUUCACAAAAUACACGAUCAAGUCGUCCAAGGAAAGAUCCUUGUGGACAAUGGUUCCAAAAAAGGAUAUGUUCCGAUGCGGAUUCUCUCUCCAAUUUCAAGGCGACAGUUAGGCUCAUUCGUCAACGGAAAUUCUGAUUCUUCUGAGCAGCUGCAGACGGUUUUGCCGGAGAAAUCCGGUAAAGACAAGAGUUCCUCGGCCUUGAUAGAUUUCGAAACUGAGGCUGACUCUCCUGUUUCUAACAAGACGAACACAAGCGAGUUCUUCAUAAACGCAAAAUACGACUUCACUAGAAGAAGUGAUGCCGAGCUGACUGUGGAAGAAGGGGAGCGUGUUUUGGUUGUUACGCAAGCAGAUGCCGAUGGAAAUACAGACUGGUGGUUUGUCAGGAACAGCGUCGGAAAAUCAGGAUACGUCCCACGCUCCUAUCUCGUCAACGAAGCCGAUAUCUAA